AUGGAGCACGAGGUUCUGAAUAUUGAAAUAGCUGAUUAUAAUCCAGUGUACAAUGAGACCAUGUUUCGUCGGAGAUAUCGAAUGUCUCGCUCAUUGUUCAUUCGAAUUGUUGAUGCAGUCAAAGAUCAUGAUCGCUACUUCCAACAACGAUGGGACAACACAGGCAAACUUGGAUUAUCUCCAAUACAAAAAAUAACUGCUGCUUUUCGUAUGUUGGCAUAUGGUGUUCCAGCAGAUGCCACAAAUGAGUAUAUUAGAAUUGGAGAGUCCACUGCAAUUGAAAGCAUGAAAAGGUUCUGUCGAGCUAUGGUUGAGAUAUUUAGCGAGCAGUAUCUCAGAAGGCCAACAUCAAAUGAUAUUUCUAGACUUCUUUAUGUUGGCCAGAAACGGGGAUUUCCUGGAAUGUUAGGCAGUUUAGAUUGCCGUAGUGGAAAACCUACAAUCAAUCUCGAAGCUGUAGCAGAUUAUGAUCUUUGGAUAUGGCACGCAUAUUUUGGUUUACCAGGCACCAACAACGAUAUAAAUGUGUUAGAGUCAUCUCAUCUGUUCUCAGAUCUAACUCAAGGUAUUUCUCCUCCAGUUCAUUAUGUAAUCCAAGGAAAAGAAUAUAACACGGGCUAUUAUUUAGCUGAUGGCAUAUAUCCAAAAUGGUCUACUAUUGUGCAAACAAUUCAUGAGCCUCGUGGUCCGAAGAAAAAAUAUUUUGCAAUGAAACAAGAAGCAUGUAGAAAAGACGUUGAACGUGCAUUUGGAGUUCUUCAAUCACGUUGUGCCAUUGUAGCAGGACCGGUACGAUAUUGGAGAAAAGAAGUGAUGCAUGAUAUAAUGACUACGUGCAUAAUUUUGCAUAAUAUGAUUGUUGAGGAUGAACGUGACCUUACUGCACCUAUUCAAAUUGAAACGGAAACGCUUUCACCGGAGGUCGAAAUGGUGAUAGAUGAAAAUACUCGAUUUCAAGAUUUCAUUUCUCGAUAUGGAAAAAUUAGAAACAGAGAAGCUCACAUAUCGUAA